AUGAGGGCCUUUACGGGAUCUCAUAUUUCCUGGCGGUGGUACGCCGCCGUUGGAGCUCUGCUACCAGGCUGGAUUGUCAAUGCUAGCCCAGCUGUGAACGUGGCGCUCCAAGCCUCCUUCGACUCGGCCCCAUACCUCGUCGAGCUCCUGGAGUCUGCCGCCGAAGAAAACUCUACUUCUUAUUUUCCUUUGUUGGAUCGCAUCGCCGACGGAGCAUUUGAGGACCUCACAACUGAGAAGGAACUCUACGACCGCUUCUUGACAGUUAUUAAGGAUGAUGGCCACAUACAGACGCCGGAGAGUCUUUCCUCGUUCAAAUUAUCACUUUCGGUUCGAUCAUCGGCGCCUCGUAUUGAGGCGCAUUUCCAAUUCUAUAACACCUCUGUUCAGCAGUCGUUGAUGGUGGCCCAAGAUGCGGUAUGUCCCGUGUGGGUUCACUCGGAGGGAAAGCAGUAUUGCACUUCUGCGAUGGAGCGCGCACAACAGGAUGUUGUGGGAGAAUUUGAUCCUAGAGAGCUACCAUUUGAUCGCGUUAUGGGUGAUAUAUCACUCCCUCCGGCUGUUCUUUAUGCGGAUGUUGCCUCUCCGAUGUUCAAGAGUUUCCAUGAAACCCUGAGCGAAAUGGCAAAACAGGGACAGAUCUCGUACCGUGUACGCUAUAGACCUCCCCAACACUCGAUUCCUCGUCCCUUGUUUGUAUCUGGAUACGGCGUGGAGCUUGCUCUGAAGCGAACGGACUACAUCGUUAUUGAUGACCGCGAUGCGGAGCAGCUCGCAGAAAAGGCCACCGAAAGUCUUCCAACUGACCUGGAUGAGACCAAAGAAGAUGCUCCAGAUGACCUCCGGCCUCUGUCUUCCUCUGAAGUGACUCGCCUAGGUUUGAACUCUGUGAGCUACGUUAUGGACAGCCCUGAUCCUUUGGGAACAUUGAUCAAGAUAUCCCAAAAUUUCCCCAAGUACUCAUCGAUAGUAGCUGCCCACAACUCCACUGGGGAAAUGGCGCAGGAGGUCCGCCACAACCGGAUAAAAAUGCUUCCUGGUGGUUACAAUGCUAUUUGGAUCAACGGUGUGCAAAUGAGCACACAGCAGAUUGACGCAUUCUCACUUUUGGAACAUCUGCGUCGAGAGAGGAAAUUGAUUGAGAAAUUUCGCGGCCUAGGUCUGUCUGCGGAUGACGUCGUGAAGUUAUUGUCCCAUCCACUCCUCACAGAAGACCAAGGUGAUGCCGAGGAGCAGCGCUAUGACUUCCGGGAUGAUUUAGAAGGGAACCAGGUUAUUAUUUGGAUGAACAAUCUGGAGAAGGACUCUAGAUACGAGUCCUGGCCUAGUGAUCUCGAGGCGUACAUCGCUGGUUCUUACCCGGGACAGUUGCCCCCCGUGAGCCGAGACCUGCACAACGCCAUCGUGUUUAUAGACUUGUCUGACCCAGACCACAUGAAGCUCAUUGCUGGACACCUGCAAGCCUUCAUCAAUCGAGGGAUCCCUGUGAGAUUCGGCUUGGUGCCUUCCACCUCGUCGCCAGAGUCCAUUGCGCAGCUGAAGGUAGCGCAUUACCUUUUCGAUGCCUAUGGCAUGGAGUCUCUUGUACAAUAUUUCGAAGAGUAUGCCUCGAAAAGUAAAUCGGGCUUGCCAGACAAAUCGUGCUUCCAGACUGCGACCAAACAACGCAAUCUCCUCGACGAACAUGAAGCUCUGUCUCUUGAUCAAGUCCUAAAGAGCGAGAAGUAUAAUACCCUAGUGUCCCAAACGGCUGCUUACCAGCGUCGGUUGAGUUUUACCGGCGACGUACCUCAAUUCCUGGUGAACGGUAUCCAUCAAGGAGGCAACUGGAUGCAGGGAAUGAGUAUGCAGGUCAGCAGGGACUUGAAAUUGGUCCAGCAAGCCAUUGCAGAGGGAAUGUUCGAGGAGGACGCAUGGCUUCCGGAGUUCUUCCUGGCUGGCGCAUUCGAGACACGCAAUACUUUCCUCAUGCCCGAGGAUCCCAGGAGUGUACAGAUUGUAGACAUCGCUAACAUCAUUCCAUUGGAUCAAGAUGUAUUGAGCAAAAUUCCCCGUGUUCUCUCGGACAUGGGAGCCCUGGAAAGCACUCAUAUAAUAGUUGUGGGCGAUUUUGAGUCGGAGGCGGGUAUCAAAUUACUUACUAAUGCCCUCGAUCUUCGAAAGGACAAUGACGACGUGGAGAUUAUGAUGCUGCACAAUGCAGCAGUGGAUGCCGAGGAUGAUGUUCCUAAGAAUCUCGUCAGUCUUCAUCUCUCGCUUGUGAAGGGGGAAACUAUCGACCAAAUACUAGCUAAGAUUGCAUCCGGUGAUCUUGAUACUGAAGCCCUAGAGACUGAAGACCAGGAUAUCUCUACCAUUCAAGCUUUACACCAAACUCUAGCCAAAGAACUUGGUUUCAACCCUGGCACUGAGGGACUCGUUGUCAAUGGGAGGGUUGUCGCCCCUAUUCAGAAGGAACACCCGCUAAGCAUGGAAGAGAUGAGACAGCUGAUUGCCUACGAACGGGUGAAGCGCCUCGAUUCCGUUGCAGCGGCUGUUGACCAGCUCGGAUUCGCCGACAAGGUCUCAACCCCGCUUGACUUUGCCAAACUGGCCUCGCUUGUGGCUCUUUCCACCAUCUCCGAUGUCCCUGAUGGUAUUUUCGAAAACACUCCCGAUUUCAGAAUGGAUGUGUCCAGUCAAUGGAGGACCCAGCACUCGGUGAUCACGGUUUCUAACACCGAUGAUCCCACCAUCAACGUCGCUGUUAGCCUUGACCCGGCAUCUGAGGUUGCUCAGCGAUGGUUGCCGAUUCUGAAGGUUCUAUCUGAGCUCUCCGGCGUCCAGCUGAAGAUUUUCUUGAACGCAAAGGAAGAGCUCACGGAGCUGCCGGUCAAGCGGUUCUACCGCUAUGUCUUGGAAUCAGAGCCAUCUUUCACAGAUGAGGGCGCUCUGGCUCGGCCGCAAGCGUCCUUCACUGGCGUGCCAGUCGAGGCACUGCUGACGCUAGGCAUGGAUGUGCCGUCGUCUUGGCUCGUAGCACCUAGUGAAUCAGUCUAUGACCUGGAUAACAUCAAGUUGAGCUCGGUCAAGCCUGGCACUGACGUUGACGCUAUCUACGCUCUCGAGCACAUUCUGAUCGAGGGCCACUCCCGUGAUCUCACAAUGAAGACUGCCCCCAGAGGUGUCCAGCUUAUCUUGGGCACCGAGAACAAUCCUUAUUUUGCCGAUACCAUCAUCAUGGCCAAUGUGGGAUACUUCCAAUUCAAGGCACAGCCAGGCUUGUGGCAGAUCAACUUGAAGCCCGGCCGCAGCGAGAAGAUCUUCAAGAUCGAUAGCGUCGGUGGUCUAGGAUACCGCCCGCAGGCAGGUGACGAGAACAACGAGGUUGCUCUGCUGUCCUUCCAGGGUCGGACGCUUUUCCCUCGCCUGUCGCGAAAGCCAGGCUACGAGGCCGAAGAUGUUCUCGAGACAGGAGUCCAGCCAGGCUCAAAGAUGGACUACUUUGCCAAAGGACUCAACUUUGCAUCCGGCGUCCUCUCCAGUGUUGGUGUCGGUUCCAAGAGCGGAGGCGAACAGCAUGCCGAUAUCAACAUCUUCUCAGUGGCAAGUGGACACCUCUACGAACGCAUGUUGAACAUCAUGAUGGUCUCCGUGAUGCGACACACCAAACACACCGUCAAAUUCUGGUUCAUCGAGCAAUUCCUCUCCCCCUCCUUCCGCGCCUUCCUCCCUUCCCUCGCCCGCGAAUACGGCUUCUCCUACGAGAUGGUAACAUACAAAUGGCCUCACUGGCUACGCGCCCAAAAAGAAAAGCAACGCGAGAUCUGGGGGUACAAGAUGCUCUUCCUGGACGUGCUCUUCCCCCUCUCUCUGGACAAAGUAAUCUUCGUCGACGCGGACCAGAUUGUGCGCACAGACAUGUACGAGCUAGUCACGCACGACCUGCAAGAAGCGCCGUACGGCUUCACGCCGAUGGGCGACUCCCGAACCGAAAUGGAAGGCUUCCGCUUCUGGAAGCAGGGCUACUGGUCCACCUUCCUCCGCGGCAAGCCCUACCACAUCUCAGCACUGUACGUCGUGGACUUGAAGCGCUUCCGCGCGCUUGCUGCCGGCGACCGUCUGCGCGGCCAAUACCAGAUGCUCUCGGCGGAUCCGAACAGUCUCAGCAAUCUCGACCAGGAUCUGCCCAACCACAUGCAGCAUCAUAUUCCCAUCCACAGUCUGCCGCAGGAGUGGCUUUGGUGUGAGACUUGGUGUUCCGAUGAGGAUUUGGGCGUGGCGAAGACUAUUGAUCUUUGCAAUAAUCCUCUUACUAAGGAGCCUAAGCUGGAAAGGGCCAGGAGGCAGGUUCCUGAGUGGACGGUCUAUGAUGAUGAGAUUGCGGCUUUGGCGAGUCGGGUUGCUGGCGAGCAGGCGGCUGCUGUUGGGGUUGAAUCUGAGCAGACUGGCGAGGACCGCAAGGAUGAAUUAUAG